GCUACUGGAAGAGCAGCAGCUUUCCUGGAGAUUGGAGCCGGCUCUGAAGGAUCUGCAGACCCACCUUAGAAAACUUGGCAGCCGCCACUUUGAUCCCCAAAGGGGCUGAGGAGGACAGAUCCCAGCAGAACAGCUUUUAGGGGAAGCUAAAGAAAGAGGGGGACAUCGUAGCAGAGAGGAUCAGACACCCCGAGGGAGCCAUGGAGCAUGAGUUCAGGUAUGAGGAUUAUAAGGAAACAGCAGAGUGGCUUUUGGCCCACACAGAACAUCGGCCCCAAAUAGCGGUGAUCUGCGGUUCUGGAUUGGGGGAUUUGGCAAAUAGAGUGACCCAAGGGCAGGCCUUUGCCUACAGUGAGAUACCCAACUUCCCUCAGAGCACGGUACCAGGCCAUGCAGGGCGACUGGUAUUUGGAUACUUAAAGGACAAAUGCUGUGUGAUGAUGCAGGGCCGCUUCCACAUGUAUGAAGGCUAUCCUCUCUGGAAGGUGACAUUCCCUGUGAGGGUUUUCCGACUGAUGAAUGUGCACACCUUAAUUGUCACCAAUGCUGCCGGGGGACUGAACCCCGAAUAUGAAGUGGGGGACAUCAUGCUGAUCCGAGAUCAUAUCAACCUGCCAGGCCUCGGGGGCCAAAAUCCCCUCAGUGGACCCAAUGAUAACCGAUUUGGAGGAAGGUUCCCCCCCAUGUCUGAUGCUUAUGACCGAGUUUUGAGGCAGAAGUCCCAUGGCAUCUGGAAGCAGAUGGAUCAAGACCGACCACUGCAAGAAGGAACUUAUGUCAUGGUGGGAGGCCCCAACUUUGAGACCAUCGCAGAGUGUCGGUUUCUGCAGAAAAUAGGGGCCGAUGCCGUGGGCAUGAGCACCGUGCCAGAAGUGAUAGUGGCGAGACACUGUGGCCUUCGGGUCUUUGGAUUCUCCCUCAUCACCAACAAAUCAAUACUGGACUAUGAAACCCGAGAGACUGCCAAUCAUGAAGAGGUGCUGAUGGCUGGGCAGCAGGCUGCCAAGAAGCUGGAAAAGUUUGUCUGUAUUCUUGUGGAGAACAUGCAGCCACCAGCAGAAGAGACUUUUUGACCUCUCCUUCCCUGCUCUUAUGAUACAGUUAGUACCACCUGCACGAGUACCAUAACAGUGUAAUGUUAUCAAAGAUUGUAAUUGAUUUUACCUAAAGAACUUCUGCCUCCUGUGACAAUAAAGAGCUUUAUCUGAGUACCACAAUAAACUGAGCAUAUUUGAAUUCAUUUAUAUCAACUGAAAUGGGGUUCUUUUGGAUCCAUGUUGUAAUAAGAGAUCCAGUGUUAAGUGCAUUGAAAAUUCACUGUUUAUCUGGUAAGUCAAGAGAGAGGCUCUUCUUAAAAUCAAAAUUUGAUUUUUUUAAUUCUGAGGUUAAACCACACAAAACCAGCAUUUCCAUGAAGAAAGUAGGAUUGUUUGUGGACAUAAGGUCAAGAAUUUCA